GAUGUUGCAGCGGCUUCUUAGAAGAGAAGAGUUUGACUUUAAAAGUGUGAAGAUGUCCAAAACUAUUAAGGAACGACAAGAUAACUCUGCACUGUUUGUUCUGUCUGCAGUGGCUUUAGCCUUGAUUACAAUUCUUACCGUUUGGAGGUUAAAACAAUUUAAAUACAGAGUGAUAAAUGAAACUGGGGGUGCAAUGUUUUACGGUGUCUUCCUGGGUUUAGCCGUCAAGUACUUAUGGCUGGAUGGAGAGGAGCAUUUGGAGAACAUGGCCGACGUGUGCUCUUGCUAUGGUCUGAACAGCACUCCCCGUGUCAUAAUGGUCAACACCUCAUCCCAAGGGCACUGCUACGCACGUAUCAGAAAGAUGGGCCAGAGAUGCUCGCAGCUCUCAAGUACUCACACGGCUAUGCUUGAUCCAGAGGUCCUUUUCAAUCUUUUCCUGCCACCAAUCAUCUUCUUUGGGGCUUACACCCUGAAUCAGAGACGAUUCAUUGAUAAUCUGGGCUCUGUUUUAACCUAUGCCUUUCUGGGAACGGUGAUCAGCUCCUUUUGCAUAGGGGCCUGCGUCUACGGCUUCACCAGACUCAUGGUGCUUCUGGGACGAGCAGCAGAUGGAGAGUUCUCCCUCACUGACUGCCUCCUGUUUGGUGCAAUCAUGUCAGCCACUGACCCCGUCUCAGUUCUUGGCCUGCUGUCGGACCUGGGCGUGGAUUCUGAUCUGCAUGCCCUGCUGUUUGGAGAGAGUGUCCUUAAUGACGCCGUAGCCAUCGUUUUGACACACGCCAUCUCCUCCUAUGACCAGCUGGGAAGAGGAAACAUCUUUGACCCACCUGCUUUCCUCCGCUCUGUGGGUUUUUUCCUUGGAGUGCUCAUUGGCUCCUUCCUCCUUGGAUUCAUAUUCACAGUAAUAACAGCCCUCCUCACCAAAUUUACACGACUGCAUGAAAAUCCUCUGCUGGAAACAUCAGUCUUGUUCCUGCUGUCCUGGAGCAGUUUCCUCUCUGCAGAAGCCUGCGGACUUUCAGGCAUUGUUGCAGUUUUAUUUUGUGGCCUGAGUCAAGCAAAGUACACAACUCUAAAUUUGUCACACGAGGGAAGGACGAGAACUAAACAGCUCUUUGAAGUCCUCAACUUCCUUGGGGAGAUUUUCAUCUUCGGCUACAUGGGAUAUAUAUGGUUUACAUUUCGUCACCAUGCCUUCAGAGCUCUCUUCAUCUCUGGGGCAUUUCUAUCUAUCUUUAUUUCAAGAGCCUGCAACAUCUAUCCUUUGUCUUUCCUUAUAAACUUGGGGCGUACGAACAAGAUAUCUCGCAACAUCCAACACUUCAUGGUAUUUGCAGGUUUAAGAGGCGCUAUUUCUUUUAGCCUGGCUGUGAGAAACACAUCGACAGAAGCACAGCGCACAAUCCUCACCACCACUCUACUUCUGAUAGGCUUCACUGUCUGGGUGCUAGGUGCAGCUGCUGGGCCCCUGCUGGAACAUAUGGACCUCAGAGUGGAAGAGGACACAGAUGUCAGUUUGCAGGAUGUCUGCUCUGAGGUUGAUACUGAGAGAGUAGAGACACCACAGAGCCUAUGGCAACGUCUGGAUCACCAAUAUCUAAAGCCCCUGCUAACACACUGUGGCCCCCCGCUGACGGACACGCUGCCGCAGUGGUGUGGUAGAUUUACUGGAGUCUUCUGUUGCCACCGUAAACAGAAGGAUGAGGAAACGCCCUUUGAGACUGAGCCAGAGGACUCCAACAUGAAUUUGGAGAAAUCUGAGGUUUCAUCCAAGCAAAGCAGCGACUCUGGUUCAGAGCGGGAGGAGGACCUGCUGGAGGGAGAUUUGGGCCUUGGUACAGGAGCAGCUAAUGUUAUAGAGGGGUGAAUUUUCCCCACUAACUCCGCCUUUUUGCCCCUCCUUCCCUAAUGCUAGCUCCCCCCCACCUCCCACAGAGUGCAGUCGCUCUACUCUGAGUAUUUCAAAGCCACCGAGGAAGUUACUGCCACUCGCAUAAGGUCACACAACCCCCAUGCGAAUUUGUGUUUGCAGAUCCACUCACACUGGGAGGAAGACACAAUUAGUGACGACUUCCUGUUUCACUGCAGCAGAUUUCUUGGCUUGUUUCAGCUUUCUAAAGUUUUUAACCUGAAACUGAAGAAAUUUAAGUUAUUUUUUAUCAUCAGGUGUUCGUUUGUAAAUUGAAAGAUCACCGAAAAGUAACUUUAAUGUAGUUCAAAAGGAGAAUCUUGAUUUAUUAAACCCAUAGUGCUGUUUUUCUUGUGUGUAUUUCUGCUACAUUAGAUGUUUAUGGCUUACAGCUGUUGAGAAAAAAUAUAUUCUGCUUCUGUAUUUUUUUACUGUAUUUUUACAUGAGUCCAUAAAAUAAAUGAUUUUGUUUUUAUGCACAAGCUAUAAUGUG